AACUUGUAUUAUAGUACAAUUAUAAAAUAAAAAUCAUUAGUUCAAAGUUCAAAAUUAAUUCACUAAUCUUCCCCUGUUAUUUCUUUCAGUAGCUUCUUUUAUCCUCACUCUUUCUGACAACUUCUUUUACUCAACGCUUUCUCUCUCUAUCUUUCUGUUUCUCUCUCUAAGAAAAGGGUUAAUUUAGAAUGGCUUCAACACUUCUGUUAGUGAUUGUAUUUGUGCUUGAUUUGAUUGCUUUUGCUCUUGCUGUUGCUGCUGAACAGAGGAGAAGCACUGCCUCACUGGUUAAUACAGGGACUGAAUCUUACUGCAAAUAUGAUUCAGAUGUAUCAACAGGCUUAGGUAUUGGUGCUUUUCUACUCCUCCUGGCUAGCCAACUUCUUGUAAUGUUAGUCAGCCGAUGCCUUUGUUGUGGCAGAGGUCUGAGACCUGGUGGUUCCAGGACAUGGGCCAUUGUGCUGUUCGUUAGUUGCUGGGUGCUUUUCCUUAUUGCCGAAGCAUGUCUGCUUGCGGGUUCUGUAAGGAAUGCCUACCACACCAAAUACAGGAGUGUCUUAAAUAGCCCACCUUCUUGCCAGACACUUAGGAAGGGAGUUUUUGCGGCUGGUGCUGCAUUUACUGUCUUUACUGGCAUAAUCUCUGAACUGUACUACGUCAGCUACUCCAAGGCCAGUGUGGACUUCAUUCCUAAACAACCUGGAGACACAGGCUUGCGCAUGGGCAACCUAUGAGAUCAUUGAUGCAUAUUCUGUUAACAUAUACAUUUCUUGCUGAUGAUUUUUCUGUAUCUUGUUGUAGUCUCAUGAUGUUGGCAUUGCUAGUAGCUACUAAUGAACAAUUGCAAAUGAUGUCUGACUGUCUGUCAUUAGGUCUACACAUAAUUAGGUGUGAAAUUAACAUUGUUGCUCGACUCUAGAAUUCUAGUAUUAGUGUAUAUUCCUGUGAUUUGACUGACAUUGUUGAUUUGUUGUAAUCGUUUUAGCAAACUUGUGAAUUGUCAUUGAUGAGGUGAUUAUUGAAUUGUUAUGUGUCGAUGCCUUCAUGGAUAAUAUAUCAUGCACAUUUCAGCUCA